GAGGCGAUGCUCCGCAAGCACAUCGAGGUCCGCAAACACAUGGAUGCCGACAACAUCAUCGCCUGGGAAGCCCCCGAGGUGAUCAGGAAGUACAUGUCCGGGGGGAUGUGCGGCUAUGACCGGGAGGGCAGCCCCAUCUGGUACGAGAUCAUCGGGCCGCUCGACGCCAAGGGGCUGCUCUUCUCCGCCUCCAAGCAGGACCUGCUCAAGAACAAGUUCCGCGACUGCGAGGUGCUGCGGCACGAGUGCGAGAAGCAGAGCCAGAAGCUGGGCAAGAAGAUUGAGAUGGUGCUGAUGGUCUAUGACUGCGAGGGCCUGGGCUUGAAGCACCUCUGGAAGCCAGCCGUGGACACGUACGGGGAGCUCCUGUCCAUGUUCGAGGAGAAUUACCCCGAGUCCCUCAAGCGCCUGUUCAUUGUGAAGGCCCCCAAGAUCUUCCCCGUGGCCUACAACCUCGUCAAGCACUUCCUGAGCGAGGACACCCGCAAGAAGGUCGUGGUCCUGGGAUCCAACUGGAAGGAGGUCCUGCAGAAGUACAUUGACCCCGAGCAGAUCCCGGUGGAGUACGGGGGCACCCUGAUGGACCCCGACGGGAACCCCAAGUGCCCGAGCAAGAUCAACUAUGGGGGGGACGUGCCCCAGCACUACUAUGUGCGAGACCAGUUGGCGCAGCAGUACGAGCACACGGUGGUGGUCAACCGCGGCUCGUCCCACCAGGUUGAGUACGAAAUCCUCUUCCCCGGCUGCGUCCUCAGGUGGCAGUUUAGGUCGGAAGGAGCCGAUGUGGGAUUCGGGGUGUACCUGAAGACCAAAAUCGGGGAGCGGCAGCGGGCGGGCGACAUGACCGAGGUCUACCCCAACCAACGCUACAACUCGCACAUGGUGCCCGAGGACGGCUCCCUCACCUGCUCCACACCCGGCAUCUACGUCCUGCGCUUCGACAACACCUACACCUACCUCCACUCCAAGAAGGUGAGCUAUAGCGUGGAGCCCCGGAGCGGCCACCCUGCCCCAUGGCUGGUCCUAAUAAAACAUUUCAAGCCUGACCCAGUGUUGCGUUGA